AUUGCAUGUUAGCACAUGUUGAUUAUAUAUAAAUAUGUGACUUCCGUAGAAUACGCAGAAAAAGUGUGAAAUUGUUUAACUAUCACAAGUGCUGUUUUUUUUUAUAUAGAUUGAACUGCAUCUUGUUGGUAUCAUCAUGUGAGAAAUUGAUGUAAAGAGGAAAUGGCUCAGGUGAUCAUGCUUCGGCAACGGUGCCAGGAACUGCAAAAAAUGAUCAUGCUCAAUCCCUUGCUCUGUCCUUUUCUUCUCUUGUCCCUUCUAUUUUUGCUUAGGCUAGUUAAAAGAGACAAAUUAAAUUUACCUCCAUCUCCACCAAAGCUACCCAUAAUUGGAAAUCUUCACCAGCUAGGUAGACUUCAUAGAUCUCUCCGAGCCCUUUCUUCAAAAUAUGGCCCUUUAAUGCUUCUACAUUUUGGGAAAGUUCCAACUCUGAUUGUUUCGUCGGCAGAGGUGGCUCAUGAGGUCAUGAAAACUCAUGACGUAGCUUUUGCAGGAAGGCCUCAAACAAGGGCUGCAGAUGUUCUCUUCUAUGGAUGCGUUGAUGUUGCAUUUUGUCCCUAUGGUGAGUAUUGGAGACAAGUGAAGAAGAUUUGUGUUCUUGAACUUUUGAGCCAAAAACGGGUGCAAGCAUUUCAAUUUGUGAGGGAGGAGGAAGUCGCAAACAUGGUGGAGAAGGUGCGGCUUUCAUGCCUCAACGGAGCUGCAGUAGAUCUUAGUGAUAUGUUCCUUAGUGUCUCAAACAACAUAAUAUCAAGAUCUGCUCUUGGUCGAGUAUAUGAAAAUGAAGGCUGUGAUGAGAGUUUUGGAGGAUUGUCGAGGAAGGCGAUAGACUUGAUAGCAUCAUUUUGCUUCAAAGAUAUGUUUCACCUUUUGGGAUGGAUGGAUACUCUAACUGGCUUGGUUGCAGGUUUGAAACAUACUUCCAAAGCAUUGCAUAAUUUUCUUGAUCAAGUGAUCGAAGAACAUGAGAGUUUAAUGAACAAUGACGAAUCUGAUAUGAAAGACAUUGUGGAUAUUCUUCUUGAUCUGCAAAAGAAUGGAACGCUUGACAUUGAUCUUACUCGAGAGAACCUUAAAGCAAUCCUUAUGGACAUGUUUGUUGGAGGAACUGAUACGACAGCAGCAGCUAUGGAAUGGGCGAUGGCAGAGCUUGUGAAGAAUCCUAUUGUAAUGAAGAAAGCCCAAGAAGAGGUAAGAAGAGUGGUAGGAAAGAAAUCAAAGCUCUGUGAGAAGCAUAUAAAUGAGAUGGUCUAUCUGAAAUGUGUUCUCAAAGAAAGCUUAAGGUUACAUGCUCCUGCAAUGAUUGCAAGAGAAACAUCUGAAGCCGUUAAACUACAAGGUUAUGAUAUUCCUCCCAAAACAAGAGUGUUGAUUAACGCCUGGGCAAUUCAAAGGGACCCCAAACAAUGGGAAAGGUCUGAAGAGUUUAUCCCUGAGAGAUUUACUAACAUUUCGGUCGAUUUUAAAGGUCAACACAACCAAUUCAUGCCGUUUGGUGGGGGUAGAAGGCUUUGUCCCGGUCUCUCAUUUGCAGUUAUAGAAGCAGAAAUGGUUCUAGCAAACCUUUUGUACUGGUUUGAUUGGAACAUACCCCAUGGUGGCAAUCCAGAAGACAUGGACAUGUCUGAGUCUCAUACACUGAUUAUUCGUAAGAAGACACCCCUUGUACUUGUUCCAGUAAUGCUCUCUCCUUAAUGUUCUUUUUUUCUGUCUUCAAUCCCUUCUUCAGACACUUCGGCUCCUGCUUUUUCCUUAAUGUUUAAGAUAUAAUUGGAUGUGAUCUGGCAUUGAUCUUUCCCA